GCAAAAACAUCUCCUCGGUGGAUGUUGGCGGAAAUUGUAGGUGUCAUGCUCGUUGGACGAAGGUACAGGUGGAUGUCGAUGGGCGGAGAGCCGGAAGAGGAGGAGUGCACUUGGAGUUUUUGGAAAACUCUGGUUAAAAGAACUUCAGGUGGAAUCUCCUGAGCUACUACUGAGCACUGGAUUAGUUCCAGGAUUCCCCAAAAACUGUCAAUAAGGGAAAUACUCUGUGUAAGCGACAUCAGAUCGGACCGGGCACUAUUUCCUGCUGAAGAUCGCACAGGUUUAAGCCAGGGAGACGAUUUACUUUUAAAGGAGAAUCUGUGUAAAACAAGCUCGGGAGUGUGACCUGAGCGAUAAUACUGCAGUCAGAUUUAACAAGUUAUGGACAGAAGCAUACAGGCUGCUAUGUAAUUCACGAGGAAAGAAGAUUUCUCGAAGAAACUCCGACUCUCGAUAUUUACCUAUUUAUAUAAUUCAGCUGCAGGAUUAAAUGAAAGCUUGUGAAUGAAAUUUGAUAUUGCCUACUGUGUUGAACAGCCAUGAAAAUCUGAUGGAUCCGGACACUCAGUUGCUGUACCAGCUUUUAGCAGAAGUGCAGCUGGAGCGUUUUUUCCUGAAUCGCGAUGAACUCAAUGUGACGCGUAUCGAACACCAUUAUGUCAAGGACACGGAUUUGGAACAGAUAGGCAUCAGAAAACCAGGGCAAAGACGAUUAUGGGAAGCAGUCAAGCGAUACAAAACAAAUGCACGGCCACGAUCAUGGAUGGCCAAGGUCUUUACUGGCCGUGGACAAGAAGGAGGUGACCAGUUGAGUGGUGGUGCCCCUGGCCCAGGGCCGGAUGUAGUACGAGCUGUCACUUGUCUUAUCCAGGACAGUGAUCUGGUGUUUGGGGACAGGCUGGGCUCAGGUUCCUUUGGGGUGGUGAAAAAGGCAGAGUGGCAUACGCCUUCUGGACGAGUGCUCCCUGUAGCAGUGAAGACUCUCAGAACCAAUAUGUCUAGGGAGGUGGAACUAGUAACAGACUUUCUGCAGGAGGUCACUACCAUGCAGUCUCUGGACCAUCCCAAUAUUAUCCGUCUGUAUGGCGUGGUCCUCACCCAUCCUCUAAAGAUGGUGACGGAGCUGGCAGAGCUGGGUUCUCUGUAUGACAUACUCCGCAUGCGGCGGGGCGUUUACCCACUAGCUCGUCUGUGGCACUUUAGCACCCAAAUUGCUGCAGGAAUGGAUUAUUUGGAGUCACGGCAUUUCAUUCACAGAGAUCUGGCUGCUCGGAACGUGCUUCUGGCCUCCAAAGAUAUGGUCAAAAUUGCAGACUUUGGCCUGAUGAGGGGUCUGGGUCGUGACAAAGAUCACUACAUCAUGGGAGCCCACCGACGUAUCCCUUUUGCUUGGUGUGCUCCUGAGAGUUUGCGUGUGGGCUUUUUCUCACAUGCCUCAGAUGUCUGGAUGUAUGGGGUCACACUGUGGGAGAUGUUCACUUACUGUGAGGAGCCCUGGCUUGGAUUAUCUGCUAGACAGAUUCUGUUUCGUGUGGAGCGGGAGGGAGAUCGCUUGCCAAGACCCCCUGACUGUCCUCAGGAGAUCUACGGUGUGAUGCGGAAAUGCUGGGCCUGCAAUUCAGCAGAUCGGCCCACAUUCGCCCAACUAACUACUUUGGUGGCUGAGGCUCAGCCUAUGCUACUGUGUGCAGCACGGGAUUUUGCAGAGCCCAGAAAGCUUACUCUACAGGUCAAUGAUGCACUGACUGUGAUAGAGCAUGGGCCGGAUUUACCGGAGUGGAAGGGUCAAAACCAGAGGACAAUGAAUAUUGGUUGGUUUUCUCCAGCACUGACCACUUCCUUCGCUCCUUCGGUGGGACCAUUUAGUCCUAAUUCUGGACCUGUUCAUAUUUCUUCGCCACUCAGAGGAAGCCUACAGCACACUGGACAUGGAGACAGCAAACUAGAGCGUAUCUGGGGAGCCCCAGAACGACUUGAGGACAGUGGAAACUGGAGAACAGGAGUGAGAGAGAGGCAAGAAUCCAAUCUAAAGAAAAUGGCAGGAAUGUCCCGCAGUUUAGAAUCUGUCUUGGGUGCCCCUCAGAACAAAGCUCCAGGUGGUAAUGGUAACUGUGUUCAGCGAGCUAACGAACGAAAACCCGUCUCAGGUGCCUUUGUCAUGGACACUCGCAGGUUCAGUGAUGCAAGUGGUAACAACCCUCCUCCACGGCCACCACCACCCAACUUCAAACGUAUAAAGCAUCCAAAUAUGAUUUUUGAUCGGCGAGGAGCAGGAAAUCCAGGGCCUUGGGCACCUCCUCCAUUUCAUCCAAAUAUGCAGUUCCAACCACAGCAGCAGACUAGAGGUUUUACCAAUCUAACCAAGAUGGCCCAUUUGGCCAAAUCAAGCCCCCAGCUUGAUAGUGACAUGGAUAUGGAGAAAGAAAGAGAGAGAGAAAGGGAACGGGAGAGAGAAAGAGAGAAAGUACAGGAAAGAUACCCACCACAACAGACCCAGGUAGAUAAGGAAACGAUAAAAUCACAGGUUCAGGCAGCAGUACAUGGAGUAACUACUGAAGAAGUUCAGAAAGCCCUACAACGCAACGACUGGAAUCCACUGAGGGCAGAACAACAGCUUAAGGCAGAGCAACUUUACCACAUGAACCAGUGCUCUCGAGAUGAAUGCCAUAAGAUACUAGCUCGCUACAAUUGGGACCUUCAGCAGGCUAGCCGUUUCAUUAUCCGCAUGGUUACUGAAAAACGCAGUGACAGACCAUAGAACUGAGAGGAUAUAUUUCAGUCAGAUACCCUUACUAAGGAGAUGCUCAGCUCUACACUUGAGGAUUCAAAGGGCCUGUGUCAAAUGGCAAAAGGGGGCAUGACUAAACUUCCUUAUUGACCACCACUGCGGGGCUAUUCUCUCUUUUGUGGUUGGAUUAUUCCCGCCUUUUAUGGAUCAUAGUCUAUUACCAACUUGAGAAAUAGAAGCUGCAGACCUAGUAACAUAUUUUUGGUAAUCAGCGUUGGACCCCAAUUUAAAAACCAAAAACAAGGAGCAGGAAUCAUCACUUUCAAGAAAUAAGAGAAGCUUUGUUGCUACACAGUUGUAGCAAACAGACACCACCUUGUCCUGCGAUAUUACCGGUUUCAAAGUGCAAAUUUAGUUUUGUGGAGACUGUGUCCUCUGAGCUAGAACCUGUCUCUACAUGCACGAAAAGCUGCUUGCUUAUCCAAAUCCUAAUUUGCAAGUAUGUAGCAACUCAGCAUUGCCCCCUGCCUGCUGAAUGAAUUAUCCAUAAUGGACUUCUACAGACUUACCUACAGUGAAUCACUCAACAUCAGCACUCAUGCUAAAAAUGAAGGAUUUGUUUCAAAUGUUGUACUUCAGUAUAAUUCAAGCAAACGAAAUGUGGGGAGAGGGUGGAACAGCAACUGUGGGCUUUGAUUUUUAUAUAUAGAAAUUGUAGUUUAUUCAACUUUUUUGAUAUGUAAUUGGUUUAUAGAAUAAGAUGAAUGUGUAGAUCUGAAUCUGUGCAAGUUAACUGAUGCUUAUAUUAACAAACUCUAGUGCAAGAUAACCAGGAAAUUGCAUCCAAGAACAGCAGUAAGUAGAGAGUUCAACCAAUAAACAAAAUACUCUAAAGAAAGAGAGCUUAGAUGAAUGUUACUUAACUGUAAAAAAAAAAAAAAUGAACAGGCAAUACUAAAAGGCCAGUUAUUAACAUUAAUGCCUUGUUUUUUUUCUAGGUCAUUUUACAGGGCCUGGCAACAAAACAAAUUUUAUAUCAUCAUGAUAAACAUUAGAGUAACUUUAUUUAAAGAAAUGUUACUUGGAGGAGCAUGCAAGUGAUUGAAUGUUCCAACUUUUGUAUCAAAGUGUGCUGCUUUUUACAUGUUCACAUGUAGAAACUUUUUUUUGUUGGCUUUAAAUAAAAUGGCACUUUAUAUUGCUGUA